ACCGACAGUGAUAUUGCUUCUCUCGCACUCACUCUCUCUCUCUCUCUCUCUCUUCCUCGCCCUCUCCCUCCACACCCGCCGAUCCGUUCUCUCUCUCAUUCUAUCGGCAUGGAUUUCGCAGCAAUUCAAAGAAGUAGCUUUCCAGAGCUCUUCUUCGCUGUUUCUCUCCUCCUCUCAGCAUUUGUCAUCACCACCACCAAUGCCUCAAUUCACAUCUACAACAACGAACCCUUCGGGGAAGUCGGCAACGCUUUCCUUCUCUCCGGUGGCAGCGAAGGCAUCGUUGCGUCUCCCACCGCUGACAACUCCGCCCAUUCUUCGAUCCGCAAUGGCAUUUCUUCUAUCCGAUUUGAGAAUAUCACCUUCUGGAGGAGUAAGGCUGCAGCUGACAAGCAUUCGGACAAGGAUCAUAGUACCGGGUUGGUACAAGUAAUAAUUUUUGAGUCGGCUGAUCGCAAUAAUAUUGGUGGUUCUGCUUAUGGUGGACAAAGAGCUAUAUGUUGCACCCCUGAUCUUGCCAAAUUGGAAGGUUGUAAGCAAGGUGAAGUCAUUCGGAGACCUUCAGCAACAGAUAUUAACUGGCCCAUUGUUGAAGAUAUACAGUUCAGCAGAAACUCUUUAUCCACAAAUAUUGCUUACAAGGUGGUUCCUAUCACAAAAACUGGGAUGUAUAACUUGUUUUUUGUAGCAUGUGAUCCACAGCUAAAAGGACUAAUAAUGAGUGGGAAAACAAUGUGGAAAAAUCCCGAUGGUUAUUUACCUGGUAGGAUGGCUCCAUUGAUGAAGUUUUAUGUGUUUAUGUCACUUGCUUAUUUUUUUCUUAGUGUCAUUUGGUUCUCCCAGUAUAUGAGGUUUUGGAAGGAUAUACUGCAACUUCAGCAUUGCAUCACAGCUGUUAUUGCUCUUGGAUUGUUUGAGAUGAUUCUUUGGUAUUUUGAGUAUGUUAACUUUAAUGAUACUGGAAUGAGGCCAAUUGUAGUUACAACUUGGGUUGUAACAGUUGGAGCUGUUAGGAAAACAGUUUCACGCCUUCUUAUCCUUUCUGUUUCAAUGGGUUAUGGUGUUGUUCGGCCAACUCUUGGUGGUUUGACCUCAAAGGUGCUUCUUCUUGGAACAACUUACUUUUUGGCAUCAGAGUUGCUGGAUAUUACCGAGUAUGUGGGGACAAUCAAUGACAUAUCAGGAAGAGCGAGGCUCUUUUUAGUUCUCCCUGAUGCUUUCCUGGAUGCAUUUUUGAUUUUGUGGAUUUUUACAUCUCUUUCUAGAACACUAGAGCAGUUACAGGCAAAACGGAGUUCUGUGAAGUUGGAUAUAUAUAGGAAGUUCUCAAAUGCUUUAGCAGUAACUGUAGUUGCUUCAGUUGCUUGGAUAGGAUAUGAGGUUUAUUUCAAAGCAACAGAUCCAUUCAAUGAGCGAUGGCAGAGUGCUUGGAUAAUCACUGCUUUUUGGGACAUUCUUGCAUUUGCAUUGCUCUGUGUGAUUUGCUAUCUCUGGGCCCCAUCUCAGAACUCUCAACGGUAUGCAUACUCAGAGGAAGUGGGAGAAGAACCCGAUGAUGAAGAAGCUCAAUGUCUAACCAGGGGAAAGGGGGAGGGUGAUGUCAGUUUAGUCAAGCAAGAAAAGAAAGUAGGAACAAACGGUAACUUUGAAAAAGAAGAAGAUGCGGAAGAGGAUAAGAGAGAAUAAUCACUGAAGAAAAUUUUUCCUUUUUUUUCUUUGGGCAAGUGUGUGCUAAAAUGGUCCUGUUAAUAUGAGCUCUGGGGUUGAGAUCAUCCUAUUCUCCCUGAGAGUAACUUCUAUCGGUUGAGUGAUUGGCCCUUGGCAUGCAAGGAGGCGGUGUAAAAUAUUUCUAAAAAGGCUGCAUACUUUCCAUGAUUUUUUUUUUUCAAUGUUUCAUAGUAGUAGUACCUCU